CGUCAGUCGGACAACAACUCUGAUCGACGCUUUGUCUGACUAGAGGUAAAAGAAUCAGACUUAUCGCUGUGAUCAUUAGACUAAUUCUACAGGAGCUGGGUUAUGGGAGGUGUUGGUGUUGACCUACUGCUUCUGCUGGUUCUGAUCUUCAGAGCUUCCUGUAUAGAGGAUGUUGGUGGAUCUGGUAGAAUCCAGGCAGACCCCACAAAAGAAACUUCUGUCCUAACAGAUUUCUCCUUUGUAGCCUGCAAUGGUGUGACUGGACAUUUGGGAGGAGAAAUAACUCUUAAAUGCACAGUCAUUUAUAGCAAUAGAUGCCAUGCAGUGAUGUACAAGUUUAUUAAUAAGGAUAGAAACACAACAAUCUGUCGAGAGAGGUUUACAAGCAAAUCCACUCAAAAGCACUUUUCCUGUUCUUACAAUCCAAAUGAAGACAUGACAUCAACAUUUCUGUUCUUUUUGCAAGCGGAUUGUGGAAUAGUAAAAAAAUAUUUCACUGUGAACACAGCAGGUGGAUCUGGUAGAAUCCAGGGAGACCCCACAAAAGAAACUUCUGUCCUAACAGAUUUCUCCUUUGUAGCCUGUAAAGGUGUGACUGAACAUUUGGGAGGAGAAAUAACUCUUAAAUGCACAGUCAUUUAUAGCAAUAGAUGCCAUGCAGUGAUGUACAAGUUUAUUAAUAAGGAUAGAAACACAACAAUCUGUCGAGAGAGGUUUACAAGCAAAUCCACUCAAAAGCACUUUUCCUGUUCUUACACUCCAAAUGAAGACAUGACAUCAACAUUUCUGUUCUUUUUGCAAGCGGAUUGUGGAAUAGUAAAAAAAUAUUUCACUGUGAACACAGCAGGUGGAUCUGGUAGAAUCCAGGCAGACCCCACAAAAGAAACUUCUGUCCUAACAGAUUUCUCCUUAGUAGCCUGUAAAGGUGUGACUGGACAUUUGGGAGGAGAAAUAACUCUUAAAUGCACAGUCAUUUAUAGCAAUAGAUGCCAUGCAGUGAUGUACAAGUUUAUUAAUAAGGAUAGAAACACAACAAUCUGUCCAGAGAGGUUAACAAGCAAAUCCACUCAAAAGCACUUUUCCUGUUCUUACGCUCCAAAUGAAGACAUGACAUCAACAUUUCUGUUCUUUUUGCAAGCGGAUUGUGGAAUAGUAAAAAAAUAUUUCACUGUGAACACAGCAGGUGGAUCUGGUAGAAUCCAGGCAGACCCCACAAAAGAAACUUCUGUCCUAACAGGUAAACCUGGGAUUGCCAUCAUCAUGGCUGGUAUAAGCUGUUUUAUCAUUUUCGUCGUGGGAUUUGUUCUCGUAAGAAAGCACAAUACUAAGAACAGUUUUGGAUUCCUGAAGAACUAUGUGGUGUUGGACGACAAGAUCAAAACCCCAGAUAAAGAAACAAUGUGACGGCAGCAUCACAAAUCACAACACUACACAAUAAUUAUGUUUCAAGUGAAGGGAAACACUUAUAAACCACAUGUGUGUUGUACCCUUUUUUAUCAUUCACUUAUAGUUUUUUGCAUAUUGAUUCAGUGAAAAGGAAAGACUAUAUAUUGAGAUGCACAGAAAUAGCCACUAAAUUGCUUACUUCUCUCAUUUAUCAGACGCUUCACUCUUGUAUUUCGCGUGUUGUGAUAUAAAUGGUUUCAAACUGCAGCUUUAAACUGAUUUUCAUAGCACACAGCGUACAUGGUAUUAAUGAUGAUUGUUUAUUGGAGUUUAUUUUAAAAAAAUACAAUAAAUUAAUAAUUUAUCCAA